UUCAAGUUUCGCUCUCGCUGCACGCCGUCGCCGCCUUCGUCGCUCGUUUGCUUCCUUUCUUUUACAAUCUCCUUCUGCCCGAAGCCAUGCUCACCCGUUUCCUUGUCGCUGCUGCUGCCCUUGUCGGUGCUGCCUCUGCACAAUUGACAAUCACCAACCCUUCUUCGGACUCUUGGUGGGUUGCUCAAUCCUCGAACACUCUUGCUUGGACUUGCAACACGUCUCCAUAUUCCAACUUUACCAUUCUCCUCGCGAAUUCGAACCCUUCUGUUCUCGUUCAGCCCAUUGCUAUCAUCGCCAUCCAAGAAAAUUAUGACUGCUCCAAGACGAUCACACAACAACAGUCGACGCAACCAGCUGCAACUGGGUAUACCGUCCAGUUCGCGAACCCUUUGAACUCCACCGACGUCUAUGCAACGUCUGAGACGUUUGAAAUCAAAGCACUUGGUUCCUCCUACCCUGCCACGUCCUCAGCAUCUUCUCCCUCCGGGACUAGUGGUUCUUCCUCGCCGUCGUCUACCAGCACAACCGGAGGCGCGCUCGCUCAAUACAUUCCAGCAGGCGCCGGUAUGGCACUCGCCCUUGCCAUGGGUCUCGUCGUGGCUUGAGAUUUCCUUCCCAACUCGGCCCAGUCUAUCUAAAUGGUUUUAAUUCGGGUCGACAUUGACAGGACUCGUCCUCAUAAUUUGCGUAUACCACCUAUUUGUGUCCCUGAAAUAGGCAGCUGUUCGGAUACUGACAUGUUACCCUAUUGACUCGUCGGUCCAAUGAUUAGUUUAUGAACGUGUCACUUCCUGCUUCUGUUGUUUCAAUCUAUUGGCUUCGCGGUGUCUGGAUGGACCCUGUAUCGUGAUGGUCAAGGUGUACUUAGUCAUUCUCAUAGGCACAACCGAAAUGCGGCCGCAGACAAUAGUGGUGGCGCAAUGAAACACAGUCGCAAGUCAGCUGUCUGUUUGGGGUCUACCGGCUGCGGCAUGGAUAUGGCAUGGCCGCCGUCGGUAUAAGUACCAGUCGUAAUGGCAAGGCUGUCUAAUUUGACCAGAGCAACAUAA